GACCCGGUGAAGGACGGCGAGGCCAAGAUAAAGUCCGAGUACACUCAGCUGUUGGAGGACAUGCAGAACUCCUUCCGCACCCUGGAGGAGUAGUCACACCCACCCAGCCUCUCCACAGUCCAUCUCUUGACCCCAUCCUCCGCUGCAGAGCUCAUUCCACCUCUGUAUUCCCAGACCUUCGUGCAGUGGCCCCGCCCCUUGUGAUCCUUUGUGGUUGAUUGUGUGUAAAACCUAACGUGGAGGGAAAAAAGAGACAGAUGUACUGUAUUCAUUAUUAUUUGCUGCCUCACAUUCUGGAUCCUCUGCAUGGUCAUGGUCACUGAUUGUGUGCGCGUGAUGAUUUAAAAGCGAGCGUGACGGCCGGAUCUCAUCACCUCGUUUCCUUUUUUCCCCCUCUGUUUACAUGAUUUCUGCGUGUAGCCGUGGUUUGCUCUUCGCGACGAGUUGUGUUGUAAUUCACCGACCAUCUGUACAGAAGAAUAUAAAUUUAAUAAGAUCAGUCUAUUUAUUGCCAGUGUUUUGAUGUAGAGGCUUCCUUUUUGUUUUAAUGGUUGUAUUUCAGCAGUGUUGUGUACCAUUGCUGUGUGAAUGUGUAAGAGUCAGACUCUGCUGUCCAACUGUUUCAUUAUGUUACUCUGAAAGAAUUAAAACACUGCAAAAAA